AUGUUAUGGGGUUCAAGUCCAUGUUUAGAUCUAGGAGCUUAUGGUGUCGGCAGUGGACAUAUAAAAAUAUUGAUCAUAAGCGCCGGUGACACGCGCCACAUUCUGCAGACAUUGGCUAAACGGUAUAAAUAUUCCUAUUCGAAAAUCGAUAUAUUCAUAUACGAACCAGUAGUCGAGAUGUAUGCCAGACACAUACAGCAAAUAGCAUUGGCCCUUGAGCCGAUUGAUCGGUUCAGCUUAUCGUAUAAGGUAAGCGUUUCUUGUGUCCCUACUUACUGUACCAAAUUAAGUACCUACUGAAGUUAGAUUUUAUUCGAAUGUUUUUUUUUUUAUAUUAGAAACAAUAGUUGGUGUCUAAAAGUUUUGGAGGAGAAAAUAUUAAUGUAAAUUAUUUAGGUAGGUUAGUUAACUAUGUGUAAUAAUGUUUGUUCAGAAAUAUAAUAGAUAGGUAGGUAAAUAAUUAUACGAAAAUAAUUUAUAUUAAAUAUUUGAAUUAGUAUUCAUUCAGUUUUAUUUUAAAAUCCCUUGAACUAAGAUAUGGGUAGAUUGUAAAACCAAAAACAAACAAGACACAAAAUCAAUGAAGAAAAGGCCGUAAUGUAUAAUAAUACAUUUCGUAAAUUUUCUUUUUUUUUCCAAAUUUAUUGAGAAAAUCCCGGUUAGAUUUGUCUUUAGAAAAAAGUACUAUACUAGAAAAUUGGAACAAAAUCGUUCAUAAAAAAAUUUAAAAAAUACAUAAAAUAAAAUAAAAAUUCAUUAAACCUAUUGCCUAAUCUUAUACCUAUUUUUCGAGUACCUACAAUUUGACAAUAUCUUACAUGGUAUAUUUUAUAGUAUAUAAUAUAGGUAUACCAAAACAUUAACCCAACUAAGUACUAAUUAUAUCUAAGUAUACUAAAUAUUUUACUAACUGAAUUAUAAUAUUAUAAUCUAUAGGUUCGUACUUGGAUGGAACUUUAUGGUAAUACUCUUGUAAAGCCAAGCACAAACAGUUAUCUAAUCAAAAAGUCAGCUCAACUAAUUGAUAUUAUUACUGAUGAUACAGUAAGACAGUUUUGUUUGCCGAUUAUACAAUUUGAUGCACUUAAGUACAAAGAAAAAGAUUGUGUUGAAAACAUAUUUAAAUAUUGGAAAAAUAAUAAAGGUUUCAACAUUACUAAAAUGUGGGAUAUGAGAAUACGGCAAAACUUAGGUGUUCGAUACGAUCAUCGAACAAAUUUAUUUGAUUGGGAUUUACAUAUGAAUCUUCAUCGUAUCGAUGGAGGUAACAGAAUCACACACCAAGAGUACAUAUAUUGGCGAAGUACUGGAGUAGCUUAUACAUUUUUAGAGACAGAUUGCACUGAACCUAAUUACACAUUUGCAUUAGCACUGUUAAAAGAUGGUGAUAAAAUAACAGCUAUGAACUAUUUUGGUGACAUUUUGAAUGGCCCUUUUCCGUCUUUUGGUUUGGACUGUGAAGACAAGGAUAUGUUAAAUAUGGGCAACAUGCAACCUCUUAAACGGUCCACUGAUUUGACAGAGAGAAACUUAACUAGAAUGUUUUAUGAGAUAGAAAACCAAACAUCUUAUGAACAUAAUGGUACGACGGACAAUCUCGGAAUUAUUAUAACAGAAUUACCAAAUAUAAAAAUCCAAGAAGUCCUAAAUACAUCAAAUCAAACUGAUGUUAAAUCUGAACAUUACCCAAGUGUUUAUGUUGGUGAUGUCGAAAUCCACUUUAUUCCACGUACAGCUAUGAUUGAUUAUCCAACGUUUGAUAGAUAUAAACAUUUUUUUGAUAUUAUGUAUUGUGGUCAUAUCUAUCUUGAAAAAAUGAAUGCUAAUGUAACAUCUAUGGUUAAAAAUGAAGGCACAAUUUUAAUGGAAACUCGAAAAUUUAUUGUUAAUUAUAAAGAAGCGCAACAUAAUGAAUUUAAACAAAAAUUAUUAGAUUUUAUGAAAAAUUGUGAUUGUAUAGUAUUAGAGGAUGUUGAUGUAAUUCAAAAUGCUGUCAUUAAGUUUAAUGUAAAACAUAAUACAAUUUAA